CUCAAGCAUCGAUAACUUUUGAAAACGUAGCUGUAGGUGAAAAAGCAGCCGGUGUUUUGUGUGUGGUAAAAUAAAUAAAAACGCAGCAAUGAACGACGAGGAGAUUAUUAAGCAGCGCUUGCUGAUUGAUGGCGAUGGCACAGGCGAAGAUCGCAGGCUAAACAUGCUUUUAAAACAGUUCCUCAAGUGGGCCAACUCCAAAAACGAUUCACAGGAGACCAAUCAAAUCAUGUACGAUCGGUUGAUGGCACAGCUAGCGCAAUGUCAAUUUGCUGCAUUAAAAAAUGUUCAAACGUUAAAAAUGAUCAAAGAAGAGCAGGACAACUACUCAAAAUUAGCUGAAAAGCAUCAGGAGAGCAUCGAAGUUGCCAAGGAGGAAAUCGAGGCAAGCAAAAAGGAACUUAUUAUAGCAAAGGAAAUACGCAAGAAUAAAAUGGAAUACGAUUUGCUUGCCUCACUAAUUGAGGAACAGCCCGAUCGCAAGGACACAGAAAAACAAAUUGAAGUUAUUAAGAAGGAGAUCGACAAGCUAACGCAAAAGAAGCUAAAGAUGGAGCACAAAUUUCAGAAGCGACGCAACGAUUUCACUCUGCUUAUGUACACCAUACACGAGCUAGAGCAACAACUGGAGGAAGAAAACAGCUCCGGGUCCUCAUCCUCAAGCGAAAGCGAAGCCGCCUCCGAAUCGAAUGAUAAUAAUGGCAUCAUGGAAGUCAGUGACGAUGACGAUGAUGAAUUAAAUAACAUAGUUACCACAAAAUUCGAUAGCAAUCGCGGAAAAUCGAAGGAAAACUCUGCCUCAACAGAAAGCUCGAAGGAACCCAUUACCAUGUCUGUGGACGAAGAUGCAGUACUGGAGCUGAGCAUUGAGAAGGAUGACCACGACGUGGAUGUUGCAGUGGCCAGCUAAGCGACAGUACAAAUUAUUUUAAGAUAAUGUAUUUACAUUAUAUAUAAACCUAUAGUUGUCGAUAAGGGUUCUACACGAUAUCUUAACCGAUACUAGCGACGAUUCCAUCAUAAGUUUUAGAGAACUGUUUGAGUUAAUUCGG